AUGCUAAUACUGUUACGUUUAUCUGAGGUUUGUGUGAAUUUUGUGAUAAUUAUCGGGAUUCCAUUGUUGAUAGAGGCUUCAAUACUAUGUAUACAGAACAUACUAGAACUUCUCCUCAAGGGUAUAGGGAUCCUCAAAUUUAAUCGGUAUUUGCAUACAAUAAUAUUACGAUUAUUUUUCCUAUCGUUUUAUAUGCUUCAUUUUCCCAUUACAUUAUCAAUUCUUGCAUUUCAGCUUCCAUUAAACUUGCUAACUCUUUCUCAAGCUUCAUUUCAUCUUCCUAGAUCUCAUAUGAUACUAUACCAGCAGCAAGAAUGCUACUAA